CUCAACUCCUAACAGUAACAAACAACAACUGGCACUUUCAGCUCUUGAUCCAUACGACAUCGUUAGGUCAACGGAAACAGAAAGUAACACUCAAAGCAAUACAAAAAUGCAAUCCUUCACGUGAUUUGCACAUCACCAAAAUCCAAGAUCCACACUUCUUCAACUCUAAUCAUAUCAUAUUCAAGAAACCCAAGAAAAAUCCCCCCUUCUUCAAUUUGAGACCCUUUUUGUUUCUUGAAAGGAAAAUAGAAAGCUGGAUUUGGGAGAUUGGGGCAUGCAAUGUCAGAAAAAUUGAAAGCUGAUGAAAAUGAUGAGCUUAAUGCUGCUUCUGUUACUGUAGAACCAGCUGCUCUUAAUCAGGCCGAUGCUACGGAUCUAAAUGGUACAAAAGAUAUGAAAAUGGCAGAAGAUGCGGGAAGGGAGGACAUGUUUGUUGAUUGCCCUGAUGUCAUAGAAAGUCCUGAAACUCCGCGGUAUGUAGAGGAGAGCAAUGAUGCACAGGAUAGUGAACUGGAAAGAUUGAGCAAUGGAGCGCAUGAUCCCGACUUGAAAGCUGAGGUAGAACAAUUGCGCAAAAUGCUAAAUGAAAGUGUUGCUGAAAAAGAUCGGAUUGCUCGAGAAGCUGAGAAUCAGGCUGAGAGCAGAAUCAGAGAACUUAAUGAUAUGAUACAUAUGAAGAAUCAAGAAAUUGAUGCCCUCAAUUCAAAGGUUUCCGAGUUUUCAAUGGCACGAGAUGCUGCUCUUUCUCAUUUAAAUUCAGAACAAGAAAAUUCUGCUCGCUUGUCUGAGAUUCAACUUGAGAAGGAGCAUCAUAUGACAGAGAUUGCUAAUGAGAUCUUAGCUUCUCUCUCUUCAGCUGUUCCUCAAGAAGAAUUGUCUGAUGAGUCAGUUACAGGAAAAAUGUUUCAUGUCAAGAAUAGGAUCUCAUUCUUAGUUGAGAAGUAUAAUGUUUUCUUUUCUGAAGUUGACCAACUUAAAUGGCGCUUAACUGAAGUUGCACCAGACCACAAUAUGCAGGAUGAAAUGGGGGUGUUGGUUGCUGCAGGUGAUGCGUUGGCUGAAUUUAGAACAAGAGAAGUGAAUCUGAACCAACAUCUGAGCUUUUUAAGUGAUGAAAAUGGAAAACUUUCUGAGGAACUUAAUAAGCAUAAAUUCAUGGUUGAGAAUGCGAGUGCUGAAAUCACAAAGCUGAAUGCUGAAAUUGAACAGGAGAGAACAAGGUAUGCUAAUACAAAAGAGAAGCUUAGCUUGGCUGUGACAAAAGGAAAGGCGUUAGUUCAGCAGCGUGAUGCUUUGAAGCAGUCACUGUCUGAGAAAACUAGUGAACUGGAGAGGUAUCGAAUUGAGUUGCAAGAAAAGUCAAAUAGUCUUCAGGCUGCUGAAGAAACCAAGGAUUUACUGGGGAGAAGCGAAAAUUUAGCUGCCUCACUGCAGGAAGCUCUCAUUCAAAAGGAGAUGAUACUUCAGAAAUGUGAAGAAAUAUUGUCCAAGGCCACUGGAAGUGAGCAAUUUCAGUCAAGGGAUACAAUUCAGAAAGCCGAGUGGCUUGCAGAUGAGAUGAAUGCAUUGAAUGAGACAUCUUUGCAACUCCAAAGAGUGACAGAUUCCUUAUCAUCAUUUGAUUUCCCCCAGUCCGUACAAUCAAAUGGACCUGAUGCACAGGUUGCUUGGCUCCUGGAAUCAUUUUAUCUGGCUAAAGGAGAAGUAACAAAAUUACAUGAGCAGAUGGUAGCAGCAAAAGAGGCCACAAAUAAUGAGAUUGGUCAGCUUACUGCUUCUCUUGUGGUAGAAGCACAGGAUAAAAGCUAUCUUCAAGAGGAAUUGGAGGAUUUAAAUCAUAAAUAUGCAGUGCUUGCCCAGAAAGAGCAUGAGGCUUCAAUGGAUAAGGAUAGGAUCAUCAGUAUGCUGCUAGAGGCUUCUAAGAUCAACACACAUGAUCAAGAAUUGGUGUAUCAAAGCCAAUCUGACAUGACUGUACUCAUUAACAGAUGUGUAGAAAAUAUAAAAGAAGAAAGUAGUGCCUCUCUUGAAUCCUAUAAGCAUCAAUUCGAGUCCUUUGAGCAGAUCCAGAGUAAUUUGUACAUUAGGGAUCUGGAAUUGAGGCUAUAUGGUCAAAUACUUACAGAAGAGGUGUCUGAUAAAGCAGAGUUGAAUAGAUUGUCAAACCAUUCAGUCAAGGUUACUGAGGAACUUUCUGCUUUAAAGGAAGAAAAGGAAUCUCUGGAGAAGAAUCUCGAACAAUAUGAGGAUAAAGUUUCCUUACUUAGGGAAAAGUUGUCUAUGGCAGUUAAAAAAGGGAAGGGGCUUGUUCAAGAACGAGAAAAGUUGAAAGGAGCAUUGGAUGAGAAGAAUGCUGAAAUAGAGAAGCUGCAGUCAGAUUUGCAUUUGCAAGAAUCUCUAUCUAAUGACAACAGGUUGCAGAUUGAUAAGCUCUUGGCUGAGAUGGACCGUAUCCCUCAACUAGAGGCUGAUCUUGUUGCUAUGAAGGAUCAAAGGGAUCAACUAGAGCAGUUCUUAGUAGAAAGGAAUAACAUGCUUCAAAAGGUUAUCGAGUCACUUGAUGGUAUUGUUCUUCCAGCUGAUUUGAGUUUUCAAGAUCCCAUAAAAAAGGUCAAAUGGCUUUCACGAUACUUAAGUGAAAGCCAAACUGCAAAGAUAGAGGCAGAGCAGGAGUCGGAAAGAGUAAAAGAUGAAGCAAGUUCUUUAGCCAACAAAUUGUUGGAGGUCCAGGAAUCCAUUAAAUCCCUAGAAGAUGCAUUAUCUGCCGCACAAAACAACAUCUCACAACUCUUGGAGGACAAAAAUGAGCUAGAAGCUGCUAAGGCAUUAGUUGAAAAAGAAUUAGAGAAGGCAGUGGAAGAAGCUUCUGCUAAAAGUGUUGAGUUUGCAAAUGUGUUCGCAGAUAGAAAAUCCAUUGAGGAUGCUUUGUCUCUGGCGGAGAAGAAUGUUUUAGUACUAAAGAAUGAGAAAGAAGAAGCUUUACUUGGUAAAGAUGCUGCUGAGUCUGAGCUACAGAAAAUCAAGGAGGAAUUCUCUUUCCAUGCGAACAAACUAAAGAUGGCAGAUGAAACUAAACAAUCCCUUGAGGACGCACUAGUUCAGGCAGAAAAAAACAUUUCUCUGCUUACUGAGGAAAAUAACAGGGUACAAGUUGGUAGAGCUGAUUUAGAGAACGAGAUAAACAAGCUCAAAGGGGAAGCUGAUUUCCAGAACAGUAAGCUAAGUGCUGCUUCCAUGACUAUAAAGUCACUAGAAGAUGCUUUGCUGAGUUCAGAAAACAAAAUUUCUGAUCUUGUUAAUGAAAAGAAGAACGCAGAAGAGGAAAUUGUAGUUCUGACUUCCAAGUUAGACGCCUGCAGGCAAGAGUUGGCUGGAUCACAGGGCAGCACAGAAACUAAACAAUCCCUUGAGGACGCACUAGUUCAGGCAGAAAAAAACAUAUCUCUGCUUACUGAGGAAAAUAACAGGGUACAAGUUGGUAGAGCUGAUUUAGAGAACGAGAUAAACAAGCUCAAAGGGGAAGCUGAUUCCCAGAACGGUAAACUAAGUGAUGCUUCCAUGACUAUAAAGUCACUAGAAGAUGCUUUGCUGAAUUCAGAAAACCAAAUUUCCAGUCUUGUUAAUCAAAAGAAGAACUCAGAAGAGGAAAUUGUAGUUCUGACUUCUAAGUUAGAUGCCUGCAUGCAAGAGUUGGCUGGAUCACAGGGCAGCGUAGAAACUAAAGUUCUAGAGCUCUCUACUCAUCUUAGCCGCCUUCAGUUCCAUCUGAGAGAUGAUGCUGUGUUUUCCUCUCUCCGAAAAACUUUUGAGGAAAAGUUUGAGAGCCUAAAAGACAUGGAUCUUAUUCUCAAAGAAAUCCGGGAUUCUUUUUCUAAAAUAGAGACUGAAGUGCUGCCAGAUUCUCCUACUAAGGAUGACUCAUCUUUCUCAAUUCCUUCAGUAUAUGUUGUUAAUGAUGCUCUAAAUGAGGAAUUUACCAACGGUGAACCAAAUGCAACUGAUGGUGACAAUGUCACAUUGCAUCUAGGGAAAAUUGUGGAUGGAUUCCAAUUGAGAAACAAGAUUCUUGCUGAGAACAUUGGAAGUUAUUCUGCAUUGAUGGAUGAUUUGAUCAAAGAUAUACUUAAAAAGCUAGAGUUGACAAAAAGCAAAGCUCUACCCUUGAUUGAACUGACAGAAUCUCUUAAGCAAAAGGUGAAAGAUGCAGAAGUUGGUAGUCUAGCGCAGGAAAAUACUAUACAAUUGUUGGAAACGGAUCUUAAAGUUCUACUCUCUGCUUUUAACGAUGCAACUGAUGAACUGGCUUUAACUCAAAAUAGAUUAUCUGAACUUGGCUCCAACUUUGACCUGGUAAAGUUGAAGGAACCCUCGCACGCACAAUUAGGAAAGUUUGGUGAAGAUGCUGAUCGCUUAGCGCUUGAAAGCACCGAGUCUGCAAGGACUGCUGAGAAGCUGCUAUUGGCGGCUAGACAGAGUCACCAUCUUUCUGAACAAUUCAAACCUGUGAUGGAUGUGAUGGUUGGUACAAUUAAAGAUUUGCAGGUUAAAUUGGAAGAAAGCAAUAGUACCUGUGUGAAAGUCUUGGAAGAAAAGGAGUUUCACCAAGAGAAGAUCUCCCAUCUGGAGACUAAUCUAGAAGCUUUGAAUGAUCUUUGCAGUGAGAUGAGGCUUAAAUUGGAGGAUUAUCAGACAAAAGAGGAUAAUAUCAAGGAGAAAGAAGCUGAACUUUUGUCUCUCAAUGCUCAAGCUUCACGGAAUUUUCAAGAGGCUGAAGACUUAACCCUCUCAGCAUUUCAUAUGAAAUCUCUUUUUGAUAAACUAAAUGGGAUUGAAACACUCAUGGAGCAUGAUGUGGGAGAUGCAGAGGUCUAUGAUUCACCUGAUGUCAGAAAGCUCUUUUAUGUAGUUGAUACUUUCCCAAAAUUGCAGCUCCAGUUGAGCUCACUGUCUCUUGAGAAAAAAGAAUUACAAUCAAGCCUUGAGAAACAGGCGCUGCGAAUUGAGCAUUUGAAGGAGGAAGUUGAAGAGUACACUACAGAUGCGGAAGACUACGAAAAGAUGAAGAAUGAGUUGUUAGAAUUCACAAUUGGUUUGGAAAAUAUUAUACGGAAGUUGGGGAGCAAUAAUUUGGUCGGUCUCCGGAAAGAGACUCUGAUGACAGGGUUGUUACCAGUGCUUGAAAAGCUAAUUGUUGCCAAAGUCUUGGAAUCUGAAAAUUUGAAAACAAAAACAGAGGAACUGCUUGCUGACUUGCAUGGUACCCAAAAGGUUGUUGAGGACUUGUCAAGUAAGGUUAAGUCACUAGAAAAUUCUAAUCAAGCUAAGGUUACACCACUUGAGAUCAACCAAGAAAGAGGCAUCUUGGAAGCAGCUUCCUUGCCUUCUCAGUCAGAGAUAUCUGAAGUUCAGGAUGUGGUACCGGUUAGUAAGAAUUUAGCUUCUUCUUCAGUUACGUCAGCUGCUCAUGUCCGAACUUUGCGGAAGGGAUCUACAGAUCAACUUGCAAUAAAUAUAGAUUCUGAAUCUGAACGGUUGAUAGAUGACAAGGAAGCUGACCAAGAAAAAGGUCAUGCAUUCAAGUCUCUCAAUACAUCAGGUCUUAUUCCAGGGCAAGGGAAGAUGAUUGCGGACAGAAUUGAUGGAGUUUGGGUAUCUUCGAGUCGAGCUUUGAUGAGUCAUCCAAGGGGCAGGCUAGGUCUUAUUGCUUAUUGUUUGUUGCUGCAUAUUUGGUUAUUGGGCACCAUUUUGUAAUGAUCUUGAUAAUUGAUCUACCAAGAUCUCUUUAGAAAUUCUUUUGCAGUUGUACAUUACAUAUUUUGUCAUUUUUUUUCUCUUCUUUUUUUGACCUGGCUAUGUGCCUAUUUGUAAAUGUUUAUAAGGUCUCAGCAAGUUUGAUUCUCUGCAAUCACAUUUUUAGGGAUUCAGAGAAUGCAUUGUGGAGAAUUGUGGAUAGUUGUUCCAUUAGCCAAUAGCUGUACUAGAGUUGAAUGCAAAAAUCUGCUUAGGCUAGGUUUUACUUUUAUAUACUGUCCAGUACAAUGCAAUAAACAAAUGUUCUGAAGCUUUACUCCUCCCACCAGUUGCAAGUUCCAAUUUUA